AUGGCUCCCAAAAGAAGAGCAACAAGAAGGACAAAAACUGAAGAAUCUGCUGAAGAAGAGGGGGAGACUCUGGAAAAGCAGCCCCGAAGAAGCCAUGCCAGUGGAGGUUCAAAGUACAUCGGGGCUCAUGUUAGCAUUAAAGAUGGAAUAUGGAAGGCAGUGGACUCCUGUGUUGCCAUGGACGGCCGGUGUUUCGCUCUGUUCUUGGGCUCGCAGAGGUCCUGGACGAGACCUGCUCUGGACCCAGCUGCGGCAGACAAGUUCCGGGAGCAAUGUUCUCGUCAUAGGUUCGACUCCGCUCACAUCCUGCCCCAUGGCUCCUACCUGAUGAACUGUGGCUCGCCCAAGGAGGACGUGUUGGAGAAGAGCCGAGUGCUGCUGGUGGAGGAGCUGAGCCGCUGCAGCCGCCUGGGCCUGAGUCUGUAUAACUUCCACCCUGGGUCCUCUCUGGGCUCCAUCAGCACAGAGCAGUGUGUGCAGAGAAUCGCAACCUCCAUCAACAACGCUCACCAGAAAACACCCGCUGUGGUCACAGUGUUGGAGAAUAUGAGCGGUCAGGGAAGCACUGUGGGUGGGAAUUUCCCCGAGCUCAAAUCCAUCAUCGACAAAGUGAGGGACCAGAGUCGGAUGGGCGUCUGUCUGGACACUUGCCAUGCAUUUGCAAAUGGUUAUGACUUGUCAGCGGAGGGAGGGGUGAAGGCAAUGUUGAACGAAUUCGAUCAAGAAGUCGGGUUGCAAUACCUUAAAGCAGUGCAUCUGAAUGACUCCAAAGGUAAACUUGGCUGUAACCUCGACCGCCAUGAGGACAUCGGUAAAGGUCACAUUGGAAUCUCUGCUUUCCGCGACAUCAUGAAUGAACCCAGACUGGAUCACAUUCCUUUAAUUCUGGAGACUCCUGGACGGCCGGGGUUUGAAUAUGCUGAACAAAUUGAGCUGUUAUAUUCUCUGUGUGACAAGAAGAAAAUGUAA